AUGGUCUUGCUCCCGCGUUUCUGUUUCCUGUCUCUCCCUAUCUGUCUCUCCCUCUCCACCCUGCUCCCAGCAGAUUCGGACGUCUACAAGACAGAGGGGAGCGAAGUGAACAGUUACAGCAGCAGCGGGCGACCCAGCCCCAGCCCCAGCCCCAGCCCCAGCCCCAACCCUAGUCCAGGCAGCGAGGAGCUGCCCGAAGAGUUGCUGGGCGGCGAGGAGACUCUGAGCAGCAGCAGCAGCGGCGGCGGCGGCGGAGGCGGAGGCAUCGCAGGAGGGUGUCCUGGUGGAGGCGUAGAAGUCGAGGUCGGUGCUUCCAGACACGCGGAGGAAGAGGAGGAAGAGGACGCCGACCCCGGCCCUCCUGGGGCCCCACCUGGCCCGCCGGCGCCACCAGCCGCGCAGCCGGCAUCGGGUACUCAGUCUGGGCCGCAAACAGCUGCGUCCGCAGCCACAGCAGCCAAACCCAAACGCAAACGCACGGGCUCGGAUUCCAAGUCCGGGAAGCCGCGCCGGGCACGCACAGCCUUCACCUACGAGCAGCUCGUGGCUCUGGAGAACAAGUUCAAGUCCACGCGCUACCUGUCAGUGUGCGAGCGCCUCAACCUGGCGCUGUCGCUCAGCCUCACCGAGACCCAGGUGAAGAUCUGGUUCCAGAACCGCCGGACCAAGUGGAAAAAACAGAACCCGGGAGCUGACACAAGCGCCCCCACAGGGGGCGGGGCGGGACCCGGGCCCGGCCUGGGCGGGCCGGGGGCCGGCCUGGCCGGAGGACUAAGCCCGCUCAGCCCGUCCCCGCCCAUGGGCACGCCGCUAGCCAUGCAUGGCCCCACCGCUUAUCCAGGCCAUGGCCCCGGAGGGCUCGUGUGCGCAGCGCAGUUGCCCUUCCUGCCCAGUCCUGCGGUGCUCUCGCCCUUUGUGCUGGGCUCACAGACCUAUGGGGCGCCUGCCUUCUAUACCCCGCACCUAUGA